AUGCCGCCCUAUGCUAAUGUCCAAUCCCAUCGCGACUCCCUCGAGCUCGCCUCCCUCGCCUCCUCCUCCCGCGCCGAGUCCAUCGCCUCAGACCUCCCUUCGUCACGGCCCUCCAUCUCCUCCUCCCGCAAGCUCUCCUUUGACGCCGAGGACCCCCUAGACGCCGCGAACCCGGCCGCCAGCUCAGGAAGACCGAACCGCCAUGACCGCUCCUACUCCGUGUCCUCGGGCUUCGACUUCGCCGCGAACCUCUUCCCCCUGAGCUCCACAGCCGGCGCAGGCGGCGCCGGCGGCUACGCCCCCAUUGGCGCGCCAACUUCCACGGCGAUACAGAACGGCGGCCUGGGCGGCGGCAGCUUGGAGAAGCACAAGACGCUCACGUACCUCAACGGCCUGAGCCUGAUCGUGGGCCUCAUCAUAGGGAGCGGCAUCUUCUCGAGCCCGAGCCAGGUGAGCUCCAAGGUGGGAUCGCCCGGCGCCGCGCUGGUGGUGUGGGUCAUUGCGGGCGUGCUGGCGUGGACGGGCGCGGCGAGCUAUGCGGAGCUCGGCGGCGCGAUACCCCUCAAUGGCGGCGCGCAGGUCUACCUCGCCAAGAUCAUGGGCGAGAUGGCCGGGUUCCUCUUCACCUGGGUAGCGGUGCUGGUGCUGAAGCCGGGAAGCGCCGCCAUCAUCGCCAUCAUCAUGGGCGAGUACCUCGUCAGGGCGGCCAUUGGCGCCGAGGCCGAGAGCCUCAGUCCCUGGGUGAACAAGGCGGUCGCCUUGGUGGCGCUGGUCUCGGUCACGCUGCUCAACUGCGUGUCGACGAAGCUGGGCACAAAAGUGAACGACUGGCUCAUGUUCCUCAAGUUCAUUGCGCUGCUGGGCGUCACCGUCACCGGCAUUGUCGUCGCCAUCACGGGGACGACGCUGACGGGCAAGGCCAACAUGGAAUGGAAGACGCACAAGUGGUUCGCAGACACGUCGACGGACCUCUCCGCCUGGGCCGUGGCCCUAUACGCGGGACUCUGGGCCUACGACGGCUGGGACAACACAAACUACGUCGUCGGCGAGUUCCGCAACCCGAGCCGCGACCUCCCCCGGGUGAUCCACACGGCGAUGCCCCUCGUGAUCCUGUCCUACGUCCUGGCCAACAUUGCCUAUUUCCUCGUCCUCCCCCUCGCGGCUGUCAACGCCUCCAACACCAUCGCCGUGCAAUUCGGCGCAAAAGUCUUUGGCCCCGUCGGCUCCCUCGUGCUCGCGCUGGUCGUCUCGGCGUCGUGCUUCGGCGCCCUCAACUCCUCAACCUUUACCUCGUCGCGUUUGGUGUAUGUCGCCGGCAAGGAGGGCUACAUCCCGUCCGUCUUUGGCAGCAUCGGCCUGUCCACCCGCUCCGACGGCGGCGGCCACUCGGUGACCACCUCCCGCACCUCCCGCGGCCGCCUCGCAAACUUUUUAAUCCGCGCCCUCGGCGACGACGACAUGGGCCUCUUUUACACCCCCGUCUGGGCUCUCGUCCUCAACGCCGUGCUGACGGCGGCUUACAUUGUCGUUGGCGAAUUCGGCACCCUGCUGACGUUUUACGGCGUGGCCGGGUACACGUUCUACUUCAUCACCGUGCUGGGUCUCAUCAUCCUCCGCGUGCGCGAGCCGCAGCUCGACAGGCCCUACAGGACGUGGAUCACGACGCCCAUAAUAUUCUGCUGCGUCUCGCUUUUCCUGCUGAGCCGCGCCGUCUUUGCGCAGCCGUUGCAGACGGUCACGGUUGUGCUGUUUGUCGUUGCCGGCGUGCCGGUGUAUUUUUGGCGGAUCCGGGGGCGGGAUCAGCAGGUUGUCAAGCGCGAGACGAGGCAUCAUCACUCGGAGCGUGAGGAUCGUUCGUGGUGGCAGUUUUGGAAGCGUUCAUGA